ACACACACACAUAUACACAACCCCUUCUCCACUUGGCGAACAGCACAACAAGCACUGUAUUUACCAGUCUGCCUUCAGAAAGACGACCCGGUUGGAGCACAGACACUAAAGCUGACUGGACUCUAUUUGGAGCUUUCAGAUAACGUGGACAACACCUUGAAUUUCAGCGAAGAACUUCCUUUUUUCCUCUCUCACCUUCUCCUCCUUCUUCUCCUUCCUUUGGAUUAGUUCGACUCUAUUUUAAAUUGAUUUUUGGUGCCAACCUCGUGGACAUUUUCUGUCCUGUUUGACUGUGACCUUCUCUAUUCUCUGCUGUGCUGGAGCUGUAUCCUCCUGUGAAUGCUGAAGUUGGUGGGUGACCCACAGAAAAGAGGAAGUGAAGUGGUAACCAUGUGGAUCCCGACCCCCAGCAUGACUCUCCCACAGCGGAUGGUGCUGUACGGGACGUGCAUUGUGGCGUUGAUGAACUCUGUGGGCCUCCUAGUGCUCUUGGUCCAGCAGAAUCAGCAGCGUGUCUUGCUGGAGCAGACAGGGGCAAAGCUGACAGAGGUGGAGCAGAGCUCCGUGGUGGAGUUCCUCCAGGAGGUGCCGAGAGGAGCGGCGGGGAUGCGGGCCAGUGCGGGGCAACAGCCUCAGUAUCAGUACCAGUACUCGAGGAAUAAGAGAAGUGAAGAGCUGGAGAAGGAGCUACAGCAAGAGGUGCAGGAGAUUCCCCAGGAGGAUGAACAGGAGGUCAGUCAGCAGGAGGUCAGCCAGGAGGUGGGAGAGGAAGCAGAGAAGAAGAUGAAGAAUGAGAUGAAGCACAAGCACCGACACAGCCAGAGUUACCACAAGGCACAUGUGCAGGAUGACAUGAUGAUGAUGAUGACUUACUCCAUGGUGCCGAUAAAAUUGCUGAUCGACAUUUGCAACAGCACCAAAGGAGUCUGCAUCGCCGGACCACCGGGACCGCCUGGUUUGCCCGGUGCGGACGGUAUGCCCGGCCACAAUGGGACUGAUGGCAUCCCAGGAGUGAAUGGAGUGCCCGGGGCUGAUGGGAAAAGAGGAAAAAAAGGUGAGAAAGGAGAACCUGGUGAAAAAGGAGAGCGAGGAGAAGCUGGUCCACCUGGAGAGAAGGGACAACCAUCCAAUGAUGUCAUUAUUGAGGGCCCUCCUGGUCCUCCAGGUCCUCCCGGUCCCCCAGGACCUCCUGGUCCUCAGGGGCCUCCCAGAACAAGGCACCAUAGAGCCAACCUUCAGGCUGCUCAUACCCUGGGGCUGUUACACGCAAUUCCAAAUGAUGAGACCUCAUCUGUGAAGGAGGCUGUGAAGCUACACGGGAAACCUGUUAAGAAGAACGAGUGCCUGAUUAAGUCUCUGAUCAACCCCAGGAAUGUGUCAAAGAUGGAGAGCACAUUUGGCACGUGGAUGAAAGACACCGCUCAGCUGAAUGAUGAGCGAAUCUGGGUGGCGGAACACUUUUCUGGUCGUGUGGUAAAGGAGUAUAAAAGCAUCGCCUCCUUCCAGAACAGCAGCAGCGACACUGUGGAUGUUAGAAAGUUCUACCAGGGCUGCGGCCACACUAUUCACAACGGUUCCUUCUAUUAUCACAUCGCCGGUACUUCCAGCAUUGCCAGAUUUGACUUCACCACCAAGAGGCUUCACACUCUUACCAUAGAAAAUGCUCUGUACCAUAAUCUCGCCUACCUGCUCCACAACUCCAAGACCUACUUCAAACUGGCAGCAGACGAGAACGGCUUGUGGCUGAUCUUUGCCUCCAGCAUAGAUGAAAGCAUCACGGUGGCCCAGCUGGACCAGAAGACCUUCUCCGUCACUUCCUACAUAAACACCACCUACCCCCGCACCAAGGCUGGCAACGCCUUCAUCGCCUGCGGCGUCCUGUACGUCACUGAUACCAAAGACACCAGGGUCACCUUUGCUUUUGACCUGCUGAAGGGAAAGCCGGUGAACGUGACCUUUGACUUGAGGUCUCCAGGCGGAGUGCUGGCAAUGCUCUCCUACAGCCCGAAGGACAGACACCUGUAUGUGUGGGACCACGGCUACGUUAAGCUCUACGUGGUCCACUUCAUCUCAGACGAGUGAAAAACGCACCGUCUGAACACGACAGACAACAUGCAGGCAUGACUGUUACGUAGUGAGAGCCAAAUGCCUGCUGACUGCCAACUACUCACUCCAUCUUUGGAAAUGAUCAAAUUUAGGUUUUCGAGACAGAUGUACACUAGGCUUGGGCUCUAUCAUGGUAUUAUUGUAUUCUGGGGAAUUUAAAAAUCCAGACAUGAUUUUCAAAUCCAUCAAAAAUACAGAUGCUCUUCUUACUAUUAAACUGAUACGGAGAUGCUGUAUUGAGGCGAUGUAUUGUAGUGCACAGCAAGCACCACCAGAGGUCAGUCUCUACUGGUGGAACAGGCAGUCGAGCUGAGAAUGAUGGUGACAGUGAAUGGAAGGGAUAACGUUACAGGACUAGUAAGAAAGAAAAAAUGCCUCUGCCCUUGUUUGGGAUUAUUGCCACAUAUAACUUUAACUUGAAAUGACUCCCCCCAACUGAAAAAACAGUUUCUUAGACACAUGAUGUUAUCUAACACAUCAUCACUGUUCAGUCCGUUGACGUGUGUCAUCAGGUCUGUCAGCAAGAAGGGCGCUAGUUUCCUAUUUAUUCAUUGUUCUACGGGUCGUCAAUAUUUAAGCCAAGCAAGACUUGUUUAAGUAGGCUAAUUGCGUAUUAGAAACACAACAUUGUAGGCUAAACAACGGCUAAUGACUCAGUUUAAACACACAAAAUAUUCCUGUUUUUCUGAAAAUGAAUAUUCCACUAUAAUUCCCAUUUAUAUGCAGCUGUGCAUUCUCUGAUUAAAGUGCCCUAACGUGUCGAUUAUCACAUUAAAAUACAGAAAAGCGGAACAGCUGGAGCUGCUUGUCAUUUUGCUUCCUUGCAUCAAAAUAGGAUUUCUUCAAAGUUUUCGAGCGUGACCAUGCGAACACUGCCUCUUUCAUUCCUUCAGCCACCUUCUUGAAAAGGUCAGCAUUGCAAUAUUUGCGUAUAUUCGAAAAUCUGUUGAUAUCAAAGUCUCUCAUAAUGUCAAAAAGUAGGUGUUUUUCUCCUUCUACAAAGAAAUGUUGGCUUUUCCCCUGAAGAAGUAUUAUCAUAUUUUUUGGAAAAUGAAACAGUGAUUCCAGAGAGAAGCAGACAGAGGGGUCUACAGUCUGUGUUUGAAGGAUAUAUCCAGGAUGUCAAACUGACUUAGCAGCAACAACAGGUUAAAAAGACAAAGAUAGUUAGAAGCUAAAGCCGAACUAUAGGCUACAGAUCACAGUGUAAAAGUGAACCACCACAUCACUGCUGAUCACCACACAAGACAAUGAAUAUAAAGGGAAACUUUGCUGAUAUUGAACCAGCUGUGUGGCAUCACAGUGUGUGCAGAUGAGCGGUGUUUGGCUUCGCCCCCAUUACAGGAUCUCUGGGGCAAGUCAAACAAUGUUCAUCUGUGCACACUGCGAUGACACAGCUGGUUCAAUAUCAGCAAAGUCUCCCUGCUUCCCUUCACUGGUUCCUGUACAGCAGGGUCUGUCUUUGUUUCACUGUUAUAAUCAUUAAAAAGCAAAAGCAGCAUGUGUAUACAUUCAGUAGGCUAUAUCUUCAGUAGCUAGCUAACGUUAGCACUACACUACACUUUUCAGGGUUUGAUUUUGGUUUUGGAACAGGGAAGAAACGUAUAUCUUUUUCCAACCUCUCCAGGUAACGAGUAUCAUUAAUACACGACGUGCCCCAGGCACAACAUUUAGCUCCAAAUCCACAAAACCAGCCUGAAAAUGAAGGAAAUCGGAAACAACUGCAGUAGAGUCAAUGGAGCACAGCUGUGUUGUUGUCAGACUCUGGUCUGAUUCUACACUAUGAUUGGUCAGUCUGCGUCUGGCGGCGGGACUUAGCUAAGGGUCCAUUGAGACAUAUAUUCUGAAUACGCUCUUUACAUGGCCAAAUGAUGCUAUUAACACCCGAUUGACACCGUCAUGUCAUGUUUUAAUUGGGAAACGCUAAUGCGGACAUCGAAACAGAAUAUGUUGUUUAUAUGACCAACAUAAAAUUCAGAAUAUCGUCAUACUUUGAAUAAUAGUAGAAUAUUAGCAUGCAUGCUAACUAACCCAUUGACAUACAUGCUACAAUGACUUCCAUUACCAGUAGCUCAACUUCUAAGUUUUUCUUUGUUUUUUUUACACAAAUACGUCAAAAUGUCAGGACUGUACGAAGAUAUGAAAAAAUACAUAUCGCUUAAGCCUAAUGUACACAUCAGUCUCAACUUUAUCUUCCUGUAGAGAGUUCCUGUCAGUACUAAGAUGUCACUGAAGGAAAUUAUUCUUGUGAUAUUGUCAAAAAUAAAUACUGCUGUUUUUAUUUCCUGUCUGCAAUGUAUAUGUGAGAUUUUGGAGUUACUAACAGUGUGAAAACUUUUUAGCAUUUUGUAUCAAACAGUUCAUAAUACAGAUUGAAUUUAUAAUGUUUGUGUCCCUCUGUGUUGUAAGUUAUUUAGUGUUUUUGCAUGACCAUUAUCUUUUAUGUAUUUUGUUGUAUCCUCUUAUAUUCUGUACAUGCACACAGUCCGCCUGCCUCUGUAACGCAGCAGCACGGUCCCCACUGGCUGCUUAUUCCUCCUGACAGAAAAAUUACAAACAAACAACAGCGCCAAAUCACCCUGAUGAAAUAAAAAGAAUUUAUUCACUUUACAAAGGUAAAACUCUGACCAUGACCUGUUCUCUCACACACCUCCAGGCUCAAGUGCCCUAGUAAGCGUCUACCCAUGAUAUUGGCUUCUUUUGCAUUAUUACAUGCACACACACAUACACACCAGACACCAGUAGGACCAUUGGUAAAACACUUAAGCUACAUACAUUACACAUAGUGGGCAGAAAGAGGGAGAGAAACACAAAUCUCUUUAAUAAAUACCAUACAUACACUUAACAAAAGUUACAACUAAUCCAGCUGGUAUGAUACAAACCAAAAAAUAAAGAAAUGCUUUCAUGUUUUUACAAGCUGUUGUGGUAUUUCAUAUAUAUAUAUAUAUUUAUAUAAUUUAUAUAUUAAAACUAUUUCAAACAUUUUACUACUAGGCCAAAUAAAGCCAGACAUUCAUUUGUAUAUAACAGUUUCUUCUUCAAUAUCCUAUUUAUUUGAAAUAAACUUUUAGUGUCUCCAGAAUUUGAGUGCAAAUAUCUAUUCCUUAUGGAUGAAACAGUAAAAACAACUAGCGAGGUAACACACACUUACAUACAGUAGACUGUGUUGUACAUCUCCCAGUCAGAUACAGUAAAACCCCUUACAUUCCUAAAAUAAAAGGCAAUAAGUUAAAUAGGAAUGGUCAACCAAACAAACAUAUAAAUAAUUUAAAUAAUACAAUAAAAUUAAUUAAAAAAAAAAA